AAUGUGGCCAUUAGGCUGACGUGUACUGCACGCUGUUUACCAUCUUCCAGUAUGUCUACGCUGUUUAGUCAUCACUGAAUUUGCCGGUAGAAAGAAGACACGUUGAUUGAAAGGGUUUUAUUUUUGUCAUUAGUUUACUGCCUCCACAUAUUAUUUUCGAAAUGGCAGGGGAAAUGUCUGCAGUUGGAUCCUUCAUUCUGGCUCUUCUCCUGGCCGGCUAUCUGGGACAGCAAUAUCUUCCUCCUCCCAAGCCUAAGGUAGUAGGGUUAGACCUUGGAACAACGUUUUGCUCUGUUGGUGUGUUCCACGCGGGUACCGGUGAGGUGGAGGUGAUUGGAGACGAGGAGGGUCGGAAAAGCCUCCCCAGUGUAGUGUCAUUCACUGCUACGGGUAUUCAUGUGGGACAUGAUGUUCAGGACUUGGUCGACAGCAAUCCCCAGAACACCAUAUAUGACGCUAAGAGAUUCAUUGGAAAGGUUUUUGAACCUGAUGUCUUAAUCUCAGAAAGUGCUAGAUACCCAUUUCAGGUGACAAAUAACAAUGGAAGUGCAGAGUUUCUCAUCACCACCAAUCAAACUUUCACCGUCAGUCCAGAGUUCAUCGGAUCCCAGCUGCUGUUGAAGAUGAGGAAGAUGGCUGAGAAGCACCUGGGUGUCCCCAUUCACAAAGCCGUCAUCUCUGUGCCUGCGGAGUUUGAUGAGAUGCAGAGAAACUACACCAUAAGAGCAGCCAACAUGGCAGGGCUCGACGUCCUUCGGGUCAUUAAUGAGCCCACUGCAGCGGCGAUGGCUUAUGGGUUGCAUAAGGUGGAUGUGUUUAACGUGCUGGUGGUGGACCUAGGUGGAGGCACGCUGGACGUGUCUCUGCUCAACAAGCAGGGGGGCAUGUUCCUCACCAGGGCCAUGGCAGGUAAUAAUAAGCUUGGAGGACAGGACUUCAGUCAGAGACUUUUCCAGUAUGCCACGGAGAGAGUGCGGCAGCAAUAUGGAGUCGCCCCAUCCCUGAAGGAGGACAUCCACCGCUUGAGGCAGGCUGUGGAGGAAGUGAAGCUGAACCUUACUGUUGAGUCCAAGAUGCUGCUCCGUGUACCCCUGCGAGUGCUUACCCAGGGCCCCCGCGGACCUGUGGAGGAGCCUGUUGUCUUCCAGGAGCCCAUCAGCCGUGAGCUAUUUGAGGAGCUGAAUACUGACCUCUUCCAGAAGAUCCUUACACCCAUCAAGACUGUGUUAGAGGAGGGCCAGCUGAGCAAGGAGGAUGUAGAUGAGAUCGUGCUAGUUGGGGGCUCCACCAGGAUCCCUCGCAUCCGCCAGCUCAUCGCACAAUACUUUGGAAAGGAGCCCAAUACCUCAGUGGACCCAGACCUGGCAGUGGUGACUGGUGUGGCCAUCCAGGCGGGCAUCAUGGGUGGGUCAUGGCCUCUGCAGGUCAGUGCAAUGGAGAUACCAAACCGCCACCUCCGCAAGAUGAACUUCAGCUGAUCUAAGGCUGACUACAGUUUCCACAAAGUGGGACCUCUGAGUGUAAUUGCUCACUUCGGACAGCUACAACCUGCAAUCUUUAGGGCAAUUUUGAUGUUUAAUACUGAGUAACAGUUUCUUUGUCUUCUGGGCCUACCUGUUAAGAGCAAACUUAAAUGAUUCAUGUCAGGUGAGGUUUAUCUCAUCUGUCAGCUAUGUACUGAGCCAUUUCCAGAAAUGUAUGGAAGUGUGCAGGUAUUAAUGUCAUAUUCAUGGCAGAAUGUGCUAGUCACACACCAUACUCACAGAUCGAUCCAAAAUGAAUUUCACACACAUCCGCUUCUUUGAACUGUGUCAGGUUGUUUUGUCUUUUUGUAAGUGCAGGGGAAUUAUCAGCCUGCCGCAGUUGGAGCCCUGGCUGAAAAGUGACUUGGCAUGUCUGUCUCUCGUGGGCAUGUCUGUCUGUCAUGGGCAUGUCUGUCUGUCUCUCAUGGGCAUGUCUGCCUCUCAUGUCUGCCUCAUGGGUAUGCCUUACUAGGGCAGGUAGGAUUCACUGGUGUCUUUGCUGCUGAAGUUACUGAAAUAGCCUUUCUGAAACUGUAACAACUUGUACUGCUGUAGGUAUGAAUGUCAGAGUCCUUGAUGGCUGUAGGCUUUGCUACCCAGCAAAUCUUCUGCAGUUGUCAUUGCAGUGCAGCUUUCAAGCAGGAUACCACGGUGGUGGUUUGUUAUGGUUGGUCAUGAACAGGGCCCAAGAAAUGUAGUCAGCUAUUUAUUUAUUUGUAUUUAUUUAUAAAGCUGUUUACUGAUUGCCAGUUGGGGCAUUCUGCUUAACGUGCCUUUUAAGAUGGCCUAUAUUGUGUACUGCUUGUCUGCAUUGAGUGGCUGAUGCUUUUAGUUUGUGCAGAUUCUUAGGGAAGUUGUGUGCAGGCCACUCUGUGAAUGGUGAAGAUCUCCAAGAGAUGUGAGAACAGAGAAGGAAAGGUGCUGUGUACUGGUCCCACUGCACUUCAGUGGCUGGUCACAAAAUGACUGAAAUAUUGACACUCAAAGUGGACAUGGGCCAAGUGUGUGAUCACCCAAGAGAACAUGUGCGGACCAAAGAGAGAUGAAGCACUAUAUGGAAUUAUGGGUAGAAGAGAUGCCAGUGCCAUAUAAAAGUUUGUUCAUUUAAUUUAAUUUAAUUUAAUUUAAUUUAAACGGUAAUAUAAGACAAAAUGGUUUCAUGUCAUCCUGUACAUUUAACAACUCAAUGCCUGUAAAAUAUUCCAGUGUGUAUUUUGAAGUUCAUGAGCAUCACCUGGGACCACCGUCUUGUGAACCACAGCAAUGGAUUCAGUAAUAUGGCACAGGCACAGGAAAUGGUUGUCUUUUGUUUGGGUAAAUAAAAUGGAUAUUGACAUGAAAGAAAA